AUGGCGGCGGCGGUUGCGGCUCCGGACGGGCCCCCCCCGCUGCUCCCCGAGCUGAAGAGCCAGUUCCGGACCCGCGAAGGCUCCUACCGGCUCCUGGCGCCGCCGGGGCCCGAGCCCCGCAGCCGGGGGGGCCCCGCCGCGCCGCCCCCCGGGGGCCCCUCCCCGCCCGGGCCCCCGGCCGCGCCCCCGCCCGGCCCCGCCGCGCUGCCCCCGGUGCGGCUCUCGCUGGUGCGGCUGCUGCUGCCCGAGGGGCCCGAGCCCGCCGAGCCGGGCGAGCCCGCCGAGCGCAGCCGCCUCUGCUGCAACCUGGGCCGGGAGCUCUUCUUCUACUCGGGCUGCGGGCCGGGCCCCGGCGGCCGCGCCAGCAGGCGGUCCCUCGAUCUGAACAAGCCCAUCGACAAGCGCAUCUACAAAGGCACUCAGCCCACCUGCCAUGACUUCAACCAGUUCACGGCCGCCACUGACAGCAUUUCGCUGCUGGUGGGCUUCUCCGCCGGCCAGGUCCAGUACCUGGAUCUCAUCAAGAAGGACACCAGCAAGUUGUUCAAUGAGGAGCGGCUCAUCGACAAGACGAAGGUGACCUACCUGAAGUGGAUCCCGGAGACAGAGAGCCUCUUCCUGGCCUCCCACGCCAGCGGGCACCUGUACCUGUACAACGUGGAGCACCCGUGUGGCUCCGCCUCACCCCAGUACACCCUCCUCAAGCAGGGCGAGGGCUUUGCCGUCUACGCCUGCAAGAGCAAAAGCGCCCGCAACCCGCUGGUGAAGUGGGCGGUGGGCGAGGGGGCCCUCAACGAGUUCGCCUUCUCGCCCGACGGCCGCUACCUGGCCUGCGUCAGCCAGGACGGCUGCCUCCGCGUCUUCCACUUCGACUCCAUGCUGCUGCAGGGCAUGAUGAAGAGCUACUUCGGGGGGCUGCUGUGCGUCUGCUGGAGCCCCGACGGGCGCUACAUCGUCACUGGCGGCGAGGACGACCUGGUGACUGUCUGGUCCUUUGCCGAGGGCCGGGUCAUCGCCAGGGGGCACGGGCACAAGUCCUGGGUCAACGCGGUGGCCUUCGACCCCUACACCAGCAGCGUGGAGGAGGAGGAGCCGCCGGAGCUGAGCGGCAGCGACGAGGAGCCCCAGGAGCCGGCCCACUUUGGCCGGGUGCGGACUAGCAGCACCCUGUCCCGCCUCUCCAAGCACAGCACCAAGAGCUCCCCCUCGGUGACCUACCGCUUCGGCUCGGCCGGGCAGGACACUCAGUUCUGCCUGUGGGACCUGACGGAGGACGUGCUGUACCCCCACCACCCGCUCUCCCGGGCCCGGACUCUCACCAACACCUUCAGCACCGGCAUCCCCUCCUCGGUGAGCGGCGGGAGCAACCUGGCUGGGGAGCCGGGGGGCAGCAGCGGCGGGUCCAUCCUGCCCCGCUCGCUCUCGCGCUCCAACAGCCUGCCCCACCCGGCCGUCACCGGUGCCGCCAAGAGCCACGUGACGGACAGCGCCGUGCCCUUCAGCAUCGGCAAGUUCGCCACGCUCACCCUGCAGGAGCGCCGGGACAAGACCGCCGAGAAGGAGCACAAGCGCUACCACAGCUUGGGCAACAUCAGCAAGAGCAACGACAAGCUCAACGGGGCGCCCCGGAGCAAGCUGGACACGGCCAAGGUUCUGGGCACGGCCCUCUGCCCCCGCAUCAACGAAGUGCCCCUGCUGGAGCCCCUGGUCUGCAAGAAGAUUGCCCACGAGCGGCUGACGGUGCUGCUCUUCCUGGAGGACUGCAUCAUCACCGCCUGCCAGGAGGGGCUCAUCUGCACCUGGGCCAGGCCUGGCAAAGCCAACCUCACCUCUCAGAACGGCAGCUCGCCCAGCGGCACUGUGGUAUAACCCGGGGAGCGCCCGCCCCCGACUCAGUGCCAGCUUGGCUGCCUGGCACUGCCCAGACUCCGGGCCCUCGUUAUUUAACGCUAAUUGACACUGCGUGGCCAGACGCUUCCCAUGGUGGUGAGCCGCUAACAGAGGUUUAAUAUA